UCCAGCCAAACCCAGGAGCGGAGAGAGAGGAAGGAAAAGUUUUCCCAAAUGGAUUUCUUUGGUGGAAUUAGACUUUUAUUAUUUUCAUAUGUGCUCAUUAACGGAAUAUUCAUUACCUUACAAUCUAAAGAAGAGGUGCUUUUGGAUAUGAGGGCAACAGGAGGAGAACUGGGCUGGUUGACAUGGCAUGUAGAGCAGGGAGAAAAAUCAGGGUGGGAGGUUGUCCAGAGAGCUCUGAACGGCUCUCAGUUCUACACCUACUCCGUCUGCAAUGUUGGAGAACGUGAACAGGACAACUGGCUGCGCACCACCUUUAUCCAGCGGCAUCCUUUGGCCUCACGAGUUUUUGUGGAACUGCAGUUUAUCGUACGAGACUGCAGCUCAUUUGAUGGAGCCUCAUUGACCUGCAAGGAAACCUUUAACCUUUUCACGUCCGAGUCAGAUGCAGAUGUUGGCACGACCUUCCGCAAGGGCCAGUUUAAAAAAGUGGCCACCAUAGCUCCAGAUGAGAUCACCAGGAAAAAUGAAAUGCGCAUCAACACAGAGACACGAGUAGUGGAAAACCUUUCUAGAAAAGGUUUCUACUUGGCCUUCCAAGACAUUGGAGCAUGUGUUGCUCUUCUGUCUGUCAGGGUGUACUAUAAAACUUGCCCCACCACAGUAAAAAGCCUCGCGCAGUUCUCUGAGACUGUAGCUGGCGGCGAGAACCAGGCGCUCCAUGAGGUGAUUGGGCAAUGCGUGGAAAACGCCACCAGUCAGGAUGUGCCACGCAUCUACUGCACCAUGGAUGGGGAGUGGGUGGUACCAGUGGGACAGUGCCAGUGCAAACCUGGCUUUGAGGAGGCUGAAGACUCCUGCCAAGAAUGUAAGCCUGGCUUCUUCAGAGGUGAAGCAUCCAGUGGCAAGUGUGAGCUGUGUCCUGCCAAUAGUUGGGGUCUGGAAUCUGGGGCUUCUCAUUGUCCCUGCAUAGAUGGCUACUACCGGGCCUCUACAGAUCCUGACAGUGGACCCUGCUCGGGCCUCCCCUCUGCCCCUCAAGAUCUUGUGGCCAUCCCAAAUCAGCUCUCUGCAGGAAAACUUCACCUCACCUGGAGCCCCCCUGAAGACACCGGAGGCCGCAGUGACAUCACCUACAGCGUUGAAUGCCAGCGUUGCGAGGGCACCGUGUGCCAACCUUGUGGAGAGAAAAUCCGCUAUGAACCGGCCAGCACGGGUCUGAUUGACACCAAGGUGUCAGUGAGUGAGCUGGAUGCUCAUCUUAACUAUACCUUCAUCGUGGAGGCGCAUAAUGGUGUGUCAUCGUUUGCCAGUCAGGCAUUACCGCGGGCUCAAAGGCUGCCAUCCUCCAUCACUGUGACUACAUCUCUGCACUACACAGAUCCACCCAAAAUUACCACUAUGCGACUGGUUGAACGGACCUCCACCACCUUGUCCCUUUCCUGGGAUGUGUCCCCCCGGCCGCGGAUCCCAUCCCAGCCCAUCAGCUACAAACUCACCUACUGCACGGAUGAUAACCUGCUUACCUACGUUGUGCUCAAACUGGAGAAGAACUAUGUACAGAUCAACAAUCUGAGCCCAGGCACAACAUAUCUCUUCAACGUUCAGGCCCUCAGCAGUGACGGCAGCCUUGGAGGAUCCAGCAUGGAGGAGCAAUUUGAGACCUUGUCUGAUGGAUACCCUUCUAACAGUAAGAUUGCAGUUAUCUUGGCUGCGGCAGUUGGAGGAGCAACCGUGUUGCUCAUAGUGGCUAUAAUCCUUUUCCUGCGUAGACGAAGAAGAACCUCUCACACCAGGCAGGGACCAGAGGAUACUUACUUCUCAACCCCAGAGCAAUUAAAGCCGCUGAAGACUUACGUGGAUCCACAUACUUACGAGGACCCCAACAUAGCUGUCCUGAAGUUUGCCACUGAAAUCCACCCUAGCCACAUAACCAAACAGAAAGUCAUUGGAGCUGGGGAGUUUGGUGAGGUGUACCGAGGUAUUUUGAAAGCACCGGGAAGGAAAGAGGUGGCUGUAGCUAUCAAAACCCUGAAACCUGGCUACACAGAGAAACAGAGGCAAGAUUUUCUGAGUGAGGCCUCUAUUAUGGGCCAGUUCUCCCACCAAAACAUCAUUCGUCUAGAGGGGGUGGUCACCAAAUGUAAGGAUUUCUUUAAGCAUGCUAUGAUUGUGACUGAAUACAUGGAGAACGGAGCACUGGAUAGAUACCUGAGGGAUCACGAUGGUGAAUUCUCCUCCUUCCAGCUUGUGGGCAUGCUGCGUGGCAUCGCUGCAGGCAUGAAGUAUCUCUCUGACAUGAGCUAUGUCCACCGUGAUCUGGCCGCCCGCAAUAUCCUGGUCAACAACACCCUGGAAUGUAAAGUUUCUGACUUCGGCCUGUCCCGAGUGCUGGAGGACGAUCCGGAGGGAACGUACACCACUAGUGGAGGCAAGAUCCCCAUUCGCUGGACAGCUCCAGAGGCAAUAGCCUAUAGAAAGUUUACCUCAGCAAGUGACGUGUGGAGUUUUGGCAUUGUCAUGUGGGAAGUUAUGGCGUUUGGUGAAAGACCUUACUGGGACAUGAGUAACCACGAGGUGAUGAAGGCUAUCAAUGAGGCUUUUAGGCUCCCUGCACCUAUGGACUGCCCCUCAGCUGUCUACCAGCUGAUGCUGCAAUGCUGGCUUCAGGAUCGCUCCAAGAGGCCACGCUUUGGAGACAUUGUCAGCCUGCUGGACAAGCUGCUGCGCAGCCCAGACUCCUUGAAGGCCAUCGCAGAUUUCGACCCACGCGUAUCUAUCCGCCUGCCCAGCACCAGUGGCUCAGAUGGUUCUCCCUUCAGAUCGGUGUCCGAGUGGUUGGAGUCCAUCAAGAUGAACCAGUACAGCGACAACUUCAGCCGUGCUGGGAUCGUCACCAUGGACCAGGUCCUGCAGAUGAAGAAUGAGGACAUCAAGAACAUCGGGGUGAGACUGCCGGGCCAUUUGAAAAGAAUAGCCUACAGCAUCUUGGGUUUAAAGGACCAGACCAGCACCCUGAGUGUGUUUGCCGUGUGAUUCUUACAAUGAAGUGAAUUAAACAUCAGACACUGCAGCCUCUUUGAACUUGAGUUGGAGCAAUGCUGCAGGGAUGGCUUUGGAUCAACAGAACCAACAGAGCGGUGCCAUCCUUUGGAUUGAAUGAAUCAGACUGACUUAGUGUACUUUUGUGAUUUCUUCAUCUUUUCCACAGGGAAAUGGAGCAAAUACAAGACAAUAGAUGUAUCAAGUAGACUUUGUAUACCAAAAUAUCUAUUUUUUUAUUAUACAUGUCUUCUUUACAGAUACUAUUUAUUGCUCACGCUUUAAAUUUUUUGAUUCCUGAUUCAUAAAAAAAACAAUCAUUUUGCUUCAGCUUUACAAAAUAGCACCCAAAGUUGGCUGCAAACUAAUGGGAAGCACAGAAUGUGGGAGAGUUAGAGUCCAGUUAUGGCUCAGUUUGUGGUUUGAUGUCUCAUAAUCUCCCUUUAACUGGCACUUUGCUCCAUUUCCUGCCAGACCAGUGAGGACGGAGCAUCAAGAGGGUUAAAAUGAGCUUGAGCUCUUCCAGAGUUGGUGAUACAAGACCUGGUGUUGUUACCAGCCUCCAGCCGGCUCUGUGCAGAGAUUAAGCUAUGAUCUUAUGAGUGAUGUUCAUAUCAAAAGGAAGGGGACAUGUAUGAGGUACUCUGUGUACAGAUUCACUUUUCUUUAUUUUUGUUUCUGUUUUGUGUUUUGGCAGUCACCAAAAACAUUGUAGUUAAGAACUUUUGAUCAUGUAGCACUUGGAACAAGAAAUGCACCGCCAUUUUGUCUCAGAAUAACAAAAGAAAAAAAAGAGUGAUCAUACUCAAAAUACUCAGCUAAAUUAAACCGUGGAAAAACAGAAAUUGUGUAAAUGAAUUGAGUUGAUAUCUUAAUUAUGGUUUGGUUUGCAAUUUUUGUCUCAUUUUCUUCUUUUUUACUAAGCUUUACAAAUAUGCUGUUGGUUUGAGUAUCACGUUUUCCGGAUGUAGCUAAUAAAUUUGACAAUGGUGACUUUUGAACACAUUUUAAAGUGCCUCUUUGAGGAAGAUUAGCAAGCGUUCACCUCUGUCUCUUUAAACAAAGCGGCUCUUCUGUGAGGUGAGUUGCGUAAGACUUCCCUGGUGCUCUUAAUUGAUGACUGCAAAUCUAUGUGUUACUGAUGUACACUUUCCUUUACUUGAAUUUGUGCUGUAUUGUUAAAUAUGAUUCUGUUGUAGCCGAUAGAGCCAUCUUUGGAAAAGGGACAUUAUUUUGUAUUACUCUGGUUUAUUGGUUGCAGUUAUAUAUUUUGUAAAUUUUUGUAUUAUUUUCAAUAUUAAUCAAGUUGCCCAACUGGUAAUUUUCGGAAGUCUCACCACUUCCCGAAGCAGUGUCUCCUACUUUUGCUGCCUUUCCAAAUUCCUUUGCAAGUUCCUUCCUUUUCACCUAUUGUUUUAUAUUGUAUUUAAUAGUCUAUUUAUUUUUUACUUUUAUUUAUUUAUCCUGAUAAACACUGAGCAGGGUUUCUAAUUGGAGGUUGCUCGUUAAUUUUCAAUAAUAAUAAUAAUAAUAAAAAAAGAAACUCUAUAUUCCUCUUUUAUUCCUGAGCUGUUUAUACCUGAGACUGCAUUUGUGGAGCAAAAAUAAAGUCUUAAAUUGA